AUGUCCCUCCGUGGCUUACGAGAUCUCUGGGUAGAGUUCUGCACUGGCGGAACGGUGUACGCCAUGCGAUACCUAGUCUUGGCAAAACUCCUGCUGAUCGAGCGUCUAUGGUGGUUGCUCUGCAUCGGUGGCUCCGCCGCGAUCACCCUGCUGACGAUCACCUCAACGUACCGCAAGUACCACAACAAUCCGCUGAUCAUCAGCUACGCGUCGGAGUUUUUUCCCAUCAGUGCCAUACCCUUUCCAGCGGUUACGUUGUGUCCGAUGGCGAAGACCAGCGUCGAGGAGCUCAACCUUACCGAAGUGUUUGAGUCGGUCGUGUUGAAAAAGGAACCGCUGAGUUGGGAUCGUCUUGAGAAGCUGAAUAGCUUGGCUCACGUCUGCUCGGAACUAACCGAUGUAUUUGACUUUACCGAACCGUUGAACGAUACUUCAGUGGAGACGUUGAUAGAUAUGGCACCUCCGUCGGUCAAUUACUUUCUUCAUUCUUAUUGGAGCAAUUCAGUGCUUGAACCGAGCGAAGUUCUCACCGAUUCCCUAACCGACAAGGGACUCUGCUUCACGUUCAACGCAAUCGCUGCGGAAGAUCUGUACCGCGUGGAGAAUCUUCACUCGGAAUACCAGUACUCGAAAGCUACGAGAAGGUCGCAGAACUGGUCAAUGGAGGGCGGAUACGGUCAAGGCGAAAGCUACCCGUACCGUUCGUUCCGUCGGGGUCUUCAGGGUGGACUGCUGCUGGAUCUUGGAAGUAGGAGACCUGACGACGAAGUAUUUUGCGAGGGUCUGCUGGAUGGAUUUAAGGUGUUGAUUCAUGCUCCCGACGAGGUUCCCAUGGUUAACGACUUCUACUACCGACUACCGAUGAGUGCGUACGUUGCGUUGGUGCUGGUACCAGAGUUGACCGUGGUAGCUGCUAGCUUGAAUUCCUACCCGUACCCAAGCCGUCAGUGUUACUUCUCCGGCGAGAAGUACCUGCGAUUCUUCAAAGUGUACAAUCAAAACAAUUGCCUAGCGGAAUGUGUUGCGAACCGGACGGCUGAGGUCUGUGGCUGCGUCCACUUGGCUAUGGUUCGUGGUCCGAACACGCGAAUCUGUAACGCCCACGAGAUCGCUUGCUACCGGGCGGUGUACGCUGAUACCUACAACUCGCAGGCCAGGUACGAUGGGCAGUGGCAGGACGCUUGCGGGUGUCUUCCGACAUGUAAGACCGUGCGGUACGACGUCGAAAUCUCCCAUCUACCGUUCAACUACGAAGCUUACGUUUGGGCGCUGGGAUUCAACUACUCGGAGGCUGAUGAGUACGUUACAUCGUCACUGACUGUAACCUUCAAGAACAAUCAGAUGCUGCCGUUGAUACGGCGGGAACUGAUUGGUUUUGGCGAUAUGCUGGCUCGCUUCGGGGGUCUGUACGGGCUGAUGAUGGGUGCCAGUGUGGUCAGCUUGAUGGAGAUUCUGUACUACGCUGCGAUAAGACCAUGGAGGGAUUUUUGCUACCAUCGACGAGUUCGCAGAUUUCAUGACGUCCAGGAGGUGUUGCCGUGGCAUCCAUGA